GUUACCACUGUGCUGCUACCUAGGAAUAAGGAGAGGUGGUACUGUCACAAAGAAGUAGUGCUAAAUUGCAAGCUUUAGGUGGACCCUAUUCAAAUGGCUCAGCAAACCAGCCUAAGAGCCCUGGGUUCUGCUGGGGAAGAGGAUGUUGCAGCAGGCAGCCAAAGCCAGCAGCUUGCCAGACCCCGGCCAGUUAGAUCCCGGAGAAGAAGGCGUAGACAGACAGCUCCUGCAUCCCGAGGAGAAGAUGUGCCUAGGACCUUCCAAGUCUACAAAUUCAGCAGUCGUGCCCCACCUGUGAGUGUGGACUGCAAUGGUGGAAGCUCUCAGACUCCUGCACUGCCUGAUGAUGGAAGUGUGAUGGGAAUGAUGGCUAGGUCUGCCAGAUACUGGGUGAGGCGAGAAGCUCCUCGAUGCUGGGUCAGAGGCUGCACUUGUGCUUGCUCACGAGCUCCUAGAGGGGCUGAACGAGAAGGUGGCCACUCUAGGAGCAGAGUGCUGGCACGUGAUCCGGGUGAAGAAAACCGCUCCAGAUCCGUGCCAAGAGGGGAGCUAUUUCUGGAUGAAGAUGAUGGCAGCACUGGGGGCACUGGCACAGCCAGCUCUCAGGCUGGUGAUAUGAGUGAUGAUGAACUUGAACGCAUGAGGUUUGCAGAGGAGUAUUCACUGGUUCCCUUAAGCAGACGAAAGCAAUAUUCUGCCCAGACUUUUCAUGAGGCAGUAGAAAGAUUUUUAAGAGGGUUCUGAGCUUUGGCACAUCUGUUUUGAAUUUGGGAGCCGAAUCUGAGGAGAUGCAAAUGCCUGUCAUCGUGUGCACAGUUUAUUGUAAUACAGGCUGAAGCCUGCAGGAAAGCCAUGGAGGCUCAAUCAGAGUAAAGCUCAGUAUAUUGCUCUUACAUUGACAGACAGCUAGAAAGUUAUUUGCAUUCCAGUUUUGUCUACUUGAUAUGUGUUGCUGCCUUCUUCAGGAGCUUAAAAACCUUUAGUAAUUGUAAGGCAUUAAAAAUGGAAAAAUUACUUUGAGUCUAAGCUAAUAUAAUGACUAUUUCUUCUGCAAUUUUGAAAGAGGCAAAAUGAAGCCAUUUUUUUAUUUUUCAGCAGUAGAGUCUCUAUUUAAUAACUUGAAGGAUAUUUGAAAUUCAAAGCCUUUGUUUAUGCCUGUAUUUCCUUUCACUAAAUGCUUUAAUUUACCCUAUAGAGGCCUAGAGGGUUUGGUAUUUUUUUUGUGUAUUUUUUCUUUAACUUGAUCUAAAUCUAAAAAUUGUAUUCUACUGCGUAUAUUUGAUUAUUCAUAUAUUAGCAGUUAUGUAUGAUAAUGUAAGAUAGCUGGAGCACAACCUG